GACUACCUUCCAAUUUUUCCCGCCAAAAGUUGCAAAAAUGGAUGAAAUCCCGGUUUUGUGUCAUUCCCCUUUCUGCUCUUGUGCAAAAUUACUCCCGCAAGGUGCAAAAGGGUCAGUUGUUCCCCAGAGUUGGCAGUAAAAGGACGUCCAGCAGCAGCUAAAACAGAAGAACCUGAAAAAAAGAAGCAAACGUUAACAAAAAAAAGCUUUUCCAAUAAGAAAAAAUCCCAAAAAUGGAAUUCGACAAGGAAAAUAUUGCUGAAAAGUUGGAAUCUGCAAAUAUCAAGAGUCCCCGUAAAGCCCUCUCGGAGACAUCUUCCAACAUCUCAAAGGUGCCCGGAAGUGACGACGUCGCAAAGACGGAGGAAGUGACAAAGGCAUCCGCAAGGCGUGCCACAACAAAAUUCGACCCAGAACUUGAGCCCCUACUCCGGGAGAAUCCACGACGAUUUGUUGUCUUCCCCAUUCAAUACCACGAUGUGUGGGAGAUGUACAAAAAGGCCGAGGCCUCAUUUUGGACAGUUGAGGAAGUAGACCUAUCCCGGGAUAUGGAUCACUGGAAUGCUUUGAAGGAUUGCGAAAGGAAAUUCAUUAGCCACGUCCUGGCAUUCUUUGCGGCAUCCGAUGGGAUUGUAAAUGAGAAUCUCGUGGAGCGCUUCAGUCAGGAGGUGCAAAUCACAGAGGCACGAUUCUUCUAUGGCUUCCAGAUUGCCAUGGAGAAUGUACAUAGCGAAAUGUACAGUUUGCUCAUUGAUACGUACAUACGGGAUCCGCAGGAGAAGGACUUCCUCUUCAAUGCCAUCGAGACGCUGCCGUGUGUGAAGAAGAAGGCCGAUUGGGCACUCCAGUGGAUUGCCAGCCAGGAAGCAAAUUUCGGCGAAAGGGUCAUUGCCUUUGCGGCAGUUGAGGGGAUUUUCUUCAGCGGUAGCUUCGCCUCAAUCUUCUGGCUCAAGUCACGCGGCAUCAUGCCCGGACUCACGUUCAGCAAUGAGCUCAUUUCACGCGAUGAGGGCCUCCACUGUGACUUUGCGUGUCUAAUGUUCAAGCACCUCGUGCAGAAGCCCUCAAAGGAGCGCAUCAUUGAAAUCAUUCGCGAAGCUGUGACCAUUGAGCAGGAAUUCCUCACAGAUGCCCUUCCUGUUGACAUGCUGGGCAUGAAUUGCCAACUCAUGUCGCAGUACAUUGAAUUCGUGGCAGAUCGUCUUCUUGUGGAGUUGGGUGUUGAAAAGAUCUAUAAUUCAAAGAAUCCCUUCAGUUUCAUGGAAUUCAUCUCCCUGGAGGGUAAGACGAAUUUCUUCGAGAAGAAAGUGGGAGAGUACCAAAAAGCCGGCGUAAUGGCUGACAGAAUGGACAAUGUCUUCACCAUGGACGCAGAUUUUUAAUUUCAAAAAAAAUUCAGUGAUUAAAAAAGAGAAAUAUCGAAUCCUCCCCUCUGUGUAAAGGCUCCAACAGAUGGACGAGAAAUUCCUCGUGCGCACCCUCGGUGCGGCGAGGUUUUCGGCCAAUCAGAAGCGAGAGAUUGCUCACAGACUCUCACCGCACCGUACGAGAACGUUUUUCGGCCAAUCCGAAGCGACGAAGGGCCACGAAAUCCUCGCCGCACCGCACCGCACGAGGAAUUUCUCGUCCAUCUGUUGGAGCCUUAAGAUUUUCCCAUUAUUUUUCAUCUUAAUUUGUAAGAAUUUUAUAUUGUUUUUCAUUCGGUGUGGAGGCUCACAUCAUUCGUGCAUUCAUUACUCUGUAGAAGAGAUUUUAUUGUAAUAAAAUUAAAAAAAGA